AUGCGUCCUAAUACGGAAAAACCUCCGACAUGUGAAGCGAGCAAGAUGCCACCACUUCUGCAUCUAACUCCAUCCACCACGACACAAAGAGGAGACUUCAGUCCCGUCCAGGGGGUUGACAACCCCUGCCUACUGAAACCCCAACACGACAUACCGCCAACGCCCCCGCCGCAAACCGAUUCCAAACCAAACAAUUUCUUCCCGCAAAAAAUAGGAUAA